GAUUUUUUUUUUUUCUAUAUAAGCUGCUCUUUGCUGCAUUGUUUUGUACCAAAAAUACAUUGCAAGUUUGUUUGGGUGGUUCCUUACUUACAUUUGGUGAUGGAUAAGUCUAUACAUAAUUUGGAUGAUGUUGUUCCUGGUAGAAACGCUGAUGCCUGGAGAUUUGUUGUUCGAGUUAUUAGGUUGUGGGAAGUUCCAUUGUUUACCUCUAUUGAAAUGGUGCUUAUUGAUCAAAACGGGGUGAAAAUACAUGCUACUAUUCCCAAGCAGUUGAUGUAUCUUUUUCAGCACAAAUUGAUUGAGGGAAAAGUUUACAAGUUAUCAAACUUUACUGUCUUGCUAAACUCUGGUGCUUAUAGGACUACGCAUCAUACAUACAAACUAAUAUUCCAAAUGAAAACUAAGGUGGAGGAGUCCCAUGAUUAUGAAAUCUCAUUGAUUCCAAACCAUGGAUUAACUCUCACUGACAUUUCUCAGAUAACCAGCCGUACCCAAGACUAUGAAUAUUUAGUUGAUGUAAUUGGCUUAAUGACUGGUAUUUCUGCUGAGAGGGAGUUUGUUAGGGACGGAAAACUGACAAAGAUUCUUGUGAUUGAGUUAACUGAUCACAGUGGUAAAUGUGAGUGUACUUUAUUUGGCAAUUAUGUUGAUGAGUUGCAUAAACUGAUGAGUAAAGCUGUUGAAGGAUCCCCUGUAAUCGUUAUUCAGUUUGCUAAGGUUAAGAUAUUUAGGGGCAAAGCCUCAAUUCAGAAUGUCGUAGGGAGUACGACGAGAAUUUAUUUGAAUCCAAGUUUCCCGGAGGCACUGAAGUUUAAAGAAGGGAAGGAAGUCUGGUUUACGUUUUCGAAACAGAAUGAAGCAAUAAAGUUUGCCAAAGGACAAGAAGAUGUUCAUCUCUUUUGUUAUCAAGAUCACUUGAAUGGAUAUAGAAGGUUCCUUGUGACUACAUAUACAGAAUUCUGGCAAAGGUACAAAACCAUGGAUUCCAAAACCCGUCAUUUUUAUGAAGUGAUUCAAGAGGGUUUACCGUGCCACCUUUAUUUUGAUUUGGAGUUUAAUAGAAAAGUCAACGUAGGAAAGAAUGGAGACGAAAUGGUUAAUCUUUUGAUAUCAACAGUUCUAGAAGCCUUGCAUGAAAAGUAUGAAAUCCUUGGAGACCAGGAUUGGAUAGUCGAACUUGAUUCUUCAACUGAAGAUAAGUUCUCUCGUCAUCUAAUAAUUCGCAUACCGAAGGCUGCUUUCAAGGAUAACUCCCAUGCAGGUGCUUUUGUUUCAGAAAUAUGCUCAAGAAUUCUAAACGCAAGGGGGAAAGAUAAAAGCUAUGAAAAAUUGUUUAUUGCAAAAGAUUCAAUUACCAAUGAAUCGGUUGGACAACUUUUUGUUGAUAAUGCUGUAUAUUCUCGGAAUCGUUGUUUCCGUCUUCAUCUAUCUUCAAAGGCAGAAAAAACAUCAAUUCUUUUGCCGACGGAGAGAUUUAAGUGCAAGAACUUGGGACAGAGUGAAGAAGACAUAUUCAUGGCUUCCUUGAUAUGCAAUAUGGAUGUUGAUUGCGGGGAGCUUUUAGUCGGCAAACCAGACUCAGAUUGCGUGAAGACUCAGCAUUUUGAUACAAAGUUGAACUGUAACGUUGGAAACUCUGUCCAAAGUCAUCCAGAAUUUACAUUAAAUACUUGCACAAGUGAUGUUUCAACAACAUACUACAAGGGAAAGUCACCAUUCCCAUCUCUAGACGAAUUUAUAUUAUCCGUUGCCUCUAUGGGAAAUAUACCAGGAAAAAUUCACAGCUGGUAUUUAUACUCUGAAUCUGGAUUCAUGGUCUACAACAUGACAAAAAAUAGAUACUGCGAGCGAAUUGGAAGACAUCAUAAAAGCAAUAAUGUGAUGUACGUUGUUGAUCUAAGAAGGGAAGUUUAUUAUCAGAAAUGUCAUGAUCCUGACUGCAAAGGUUACCGAUCUUCCUCACGACCAAUUCCAGUUCAUGUGUUCUCCAAUUCUUCAGUUGUUAUUGGUUCAUCUGGAAUGUUAGAUUAUAAACAGCCAGUAGAAGAUGAGCAGGGACAUCAACCUGAUGAUAACAAGCCGAAUUCAGAAUGUUAGCAGCACAAUUCAGCUCGCCAAUAACGUGCCUUGUAAGUAUUGAUGAAUCUGUCCAUUUGUAUGAUACUCUACUCAUAAGGUCUCAUGGAUGAAAGGAGUUUCUGUGGCUCUCUACUUCUUGGAUCAUGAUUAGCUCCAGUGACUCAUGAUUGAAGCAAAAAAAGGGGUUUGUAGCACUUAUCCACAGAAACAUUGAGAAAAGAUUUUGAAAAGCAGCAAAGUUGGGGAGAAAAUGUGGAAAUUAGCUUAAUGUCCGAUGAAGGAAAAUGAAUUCAAGUGUUGGAGAUGUGGACUUCAGAUUUUGCACUGUCAGAACUAGUGUACGUCCCCGUGGAAGGGUUGUAGGGCCAUGCAGAAUGUUGCAUGAUUGUGCAAGCACAUUAAUACCUUUGCAUGAUCGAUUAAGGUGUGACCACUUUUAGACGGAUUUGGAUCCUCUACAACUGUUGCAAAUUGCAUCGCUGCAGCGAAAUCAUGAACAUUUUGGUCCCAUUUGGAUUCUCUCUUGCAGAAAAUA